UGGUCUUUCUUACUUACUUAGACAGUCAGCUACUUACAGAAUACAGAGUACUGAAUAUAAUCAGUUUAGUCAGCUCCGUUCAUUUCGUUGCCUUGAUUAUAGUUUCAAUUCUAACGAUUGGAAUAUGGGACUUUGAAAUCCAUCAUUCGAUUAGCAUAAACGAAUUGUGGGUUGAAUUUUUAUAGCUAUGCACAUUUACAUGAUCAAUGUAAUUUUAUGUUAUUUUCGUAUGGUGAACGUUUGACUUACAUUUUACAAUGGGAUAUUGUUUUUAAUGUAUAGUUGAGGUUAUCCCUACUGUGUACAAUCACAGAGGGAAGUUUUCAAACUCAUUGCAGCUUUAUUAGCCUAGUUGAGAUGGAAAAAGAAGAUGGAAUCAGCCAGAAUUUAACCGCAAACAACACAAUAUCUUUAGAGACUGAAGAGGAAUACCAAAGAAAGAUGGAACUCUAUCCGUGUCAUGUACUUCACGAUGUUUCCUGAUGGCCUUAGGGUUCAGCGUGGUGUUGACUGGGGUUUGGCCCUAUCUGGACGAG